UUUGAGAGAAUAUGGUGAUGAUGAUGAUUCUUCUACAAAAGUGAAGUCCAACAUGUCAGGAUCUACUGAACCAUCACAGCUGCUAAUGCCAGUGAAGGAGGAGAUAAAAGAAGAAGAAUUUGAUGAUUUCCUACAAGAGCAUCUGUCUGCAAUUCAGAAAGUGGAAGAAAAGCCUGGACUGGAACAUGACUGUAAGACUGAAAAAUCACCAUCCUUGACCUGCAAAGAAGAAAAUGAUCCAGCAAUGGAAAUCAAAGAGGAAGAAGAAUUGGAUUUAAGAGAAUAUGGUCAUGAUGACUCCUCUCCUGCAAGAGACGUUCAAAGGAUCCCAUCUAACAAAAUGGGUAACAAUGAGGAGAAAAACAAAGAGAGUCGUUACAAACGCCCCCAGGGCAGAAAGACUUCAUACCAGAAAUCACAGGAGCGAUUGGACAUCGGGGAGAACCAACAUGAAUGCUCCCAGUGUGGAAAGACCUUUAAUCAAUUGGGCAAUCUCAAGAGACAUCAGAGAAUCCAUACUGGGGAAAAGCCACAUCAGUGUGCUACAUGUGGGAAGAGUUUCAGGAGUAGCUCAGAUCUCACCAUCCAUCAGAUCACACAUACUGGAGAAAAGCCACAUCUGUGUUCUCAGUGUGGAAAUGCCUUCAGUAAAAUAAGCAAUCUCAAUAGACACCAGAGGAUCCACACUGGGGAAAAGCCAUACAAGUGUACUACAUGUGAGAAGAGUUUCAGGAGCAGCAAAGAACUUACCAUCCACCAGAUGUCACAUACUGGAGAAAAGCCACAUCAGUGUUCUCAGUGUGAAAAAGCCUUUUGUCAAGUAUCUGAUCUCAAGAAACACCAGAGGAUCCAUACUGGGGAAAAGCCGCUAUCCAGUGUACAAAUAAUGUGA